AACAGAAGGUAUAAAUGGGUGCGACAGGUGUUGCUGCCGAAUCAUUCAAAUUUUCCAUGCGAACAAUGAGUCUGUGCUUUCUUCUACUAGUCCUCGUGAUAACAGUGAGUGCCUGGCCCAUUGAGGAUCUGUCAUUGCGCGUGAGCGGCGGCAAUGGCUGGUAUGUGCCCCAGAAGGACGGUGCCCUCCGGUGGGUGAGCAGAGCAGAGGGCGAGCGAGAUUUGGCCCACUACGAGGCCCAGGAAACGAUCAUGGGUCGCCUGUCCACGAACACGGUCAAUUUCUAUCUGUAUACGCUGCGGAACACCAACACGGGGCAACAGAUCAAGGCGAACCGUGACUCCAUUGAUGCAUCCAACUUUAAUCCCGAGAACCCCACGAGGAUCACCAUUCACGGUUGGAACUCAAACUAUAAGGAUGGUGUAAACACGAAGAUUGCCGCCGCCUGGUUCCUGUCUGGAGACUAUAAUAUGAUUGCCGUCGAUUGGGUUCGCGGUCGCUCCCUGGAGUACGCUUCUUCCGUUUCUGCUGCCUCCGGAGCCGGCAAAAAGAUCGCUGCUCUGGUCGAUUUCCUGGUAAACGAAUAUGGCAUGUCCCUGGACACCCUCGAAGUGGUGGGCUUCAGUCUGGGCGCCCACGUGGCCGGUCACACCGCCAAGCAGGUCGACUCCGGAGAGGUCGGAAAGGUUGUCGGUCUUGACCCUGCCAUGCCUCUAAUCAGCUACAGCAACACAGCGAAACGUCUCGCCAGCGAUGAUGCCCGUUACGUGGAGUCCAUCCAUACCGCCGGCGGCACCAUGGGAUUCACCAAGCCCAUCGGCAAGGCUGCCUUCUACGUCAACGGCGGAAAGUCCCAGCCCGGCUGCGGCAUUGACAUAACCGGAAGCUGUGCCCACACCCGCGCCGUCACCUACUACGUCGAGUCCCUACAGUUUAACAACUUCCCCACCCAGCGGUGCGACACGUACAAGGAGGCCAACAAGAAAGCCUGCGGCGACAAGUACAGCUCCGUGCUGAUGGGUGCCUCAGUGAACAUUUUUGUGGCCGAGGGCAUCUUCUAUGUCCCAGUGAACAACCAGUCCCCCUUCGGUCUGGGCGAGCCGCUUGACGACUCGGAAGGCUCCACAACUGUGGCUCCUGACACUCCUACAACUGCCGCUGAUGAUGCCACAACCGCCGAUGGAGAAGAUGAUUCGACCACUGCUGCACCUGAAGAAGGUUCCACCACUCCAGCACCUGGUGGCGAAGAUGAUUCUACCACAGCUGCACCUGAAGAUGGAGGUGAUGACUCUACAACUGCUGCCCCAGAAGAUGGAGGCGAUGAUUCUACCACCGCAGCUCCUGAGGAUGGAGAAGACAAUGACUCUACCACAGCUGAGCCUGAAGAUGGGGAAGAUGACUCCACAACUGCUGCCCCGGAGGAUGGAGGCGAUGAUUCUACCACUUCUGCCCCAGAAGAUGGAGAAGAUGAUUCUACCACCGCAGCUCCAGAAGAUGGAGGUGAUGACUCGACCACUGCCUCACCUGAAGAAGAUUCAACCACUGAUGCACCUGAAGAAGAUUCCACCACUUCUGCCCCAGAAGAUGGAGAAGAUGAUUCUACCACCGCAGCUCCAGAAGAUGGAGGUGAUGACUCGACCACUGCCUCACCUGAAGAAGAUUCAACCACUGAUGCACCUGAAGAAGAUUCCACCACAGCUGCCCCAGAAAAUGGAGAAGGUGAUUCUACCACCGCAGCUCCUGAGGAUGGAGGUGAUGACUCCACCACUGCCUCACCUGAAGAAGAUUCCACCACUGAUGCCCCAGAGGAAGAUUCCACCACAGCUGCCCCGGAGGAUGGAGGAGAUGAUACAACCACAGCCGCUACCCCAGAAGAUCCUACCACAACAACUGAAGCCCCAGAAGAUCCCAACACCCCAAUAACCGAUGCCCCUGGAGAGCGACCAUCAACCGAUGCCCCCGAAGACAAUGAUGUCCCGGGCAGCACCAAGAACAUCUACAUUUUUAACUUGUUCCUGAUAAACGUUAAAGUCAACAAAAGCUAGACCUUUCUUAACCAAAUGCCCAGAACCGAGGGCGUGUUUCAUUAACUAAUAAAUUCAAAGCAAUAUCGCA